AUGGCACAACUAAUAGCAUCGUCCUUCAAGGACUUUUGGCAUACCAUGACCUCCAACGACCGACACGCCUCGCACGACUCUCCGUAUCGGACCGGCCGCCACAUACCCAUCCCACAGAGCCGCCAUGCUGCCCUCUCCUCGAUUGCUGCCAGCGGUGUAGACUCCCGCGUCGAUCUCUCAUCUCCCUACACACAUGAUGGCGAGCCCGCGACAAGCAACGGCUUCAUUGGCUCGCCCCAGGGCCCAAUGUCUCCCACCUCUCCCUACUCACCUGGAAUGCGCGGGUCGCUGAGCCGCCAGGCCACACUCGAGUCAGACACGUUUGAUAAGGGCGCCAAUGGCCAGAUCCAGAUGCAGGACUUCAACGAAGGCCUGCCUCCACCGCCCCCAGUGUCUCACUCGUGGAGGCGCAUCGAUCGAUGGGUCGAGGAUCACUACGAGGAGCUCUUCGACAACAUCUGCGAGGGUGCAACCGCAAACGAUGUCAACGAGUUGGAGCACGAUCUCGAUGCUACACUCCCUAUGGAUGUCCGCGAAUCACUGCAGUUCCAUGAUGGCCAAGAGCGUGGUGGCCUCCCAACGGGUCUCCUCUUCGGCUUGAUGUUGCUUGAUUGCGAGGAAAUCAUCAUGGAAUGGAAGAACUGGCGCAAGGUCUCCGAGGAAUAUCUCACCACAAAGCCUGACUAUUCAAGCCCGCAGAUCCCAGUCAAGGCCUUUGCCGGUUCGUCUACAGCCCCUCCCAUCGCACAGCCCCAGUCAUCGGGCAAUCCGCUCUGGCGACAGGACCUGCAAGCAAAACAGGAGUCCCAGCCACCAAACGCCGUCCAGAAAGCCUAUGCCCACCCUGCCUGGAUUCCUCUGGCUCGCGACUGGGGAGGUAACUACCUUGCUACGGAUCUCGCGCCAGGCCCUAGUGGCACAUGGGGCCAGAUCAUUAUUUUCGGCCGAGACUACGAUUGCAAAUAUGUCGUAGCACGCUCCUGGGGCGCUCUCCUAGCUAUGGUUGCGGACGACUUUGCGUCCAAGGACUUGCACAUGGACGAAGACAGUGGCGAGCUGAAGCUCCUAGUCUUCAAGCGCCAGAACGUCGAGCCUCCUUACCUAGAGAUCCUCCGAUGGCGAUGCGAUCAGAAGCAUGGCCGGAAACCGACUGCGAGGCGGCGCCCGAGCAGCGGCUUGCGCGUUAACCCUAAUGCGCCUGGCUCAGUAGUUCCUAGCAGCACGGCCAGCAGCCCCUACCAUAGCCCCGUAGUAGGACCUGAGGACCGAGGUCGCAGUCCCCACCGUCUGUCACAAAAGUCCAAGAAGAUGAGCCCCGGAAGCAAGCUCUCAAGCCCACUUGCGAGGGUCGCUGAAGAAACUCCGCAGCCAAUACUCGUGCACACCGAUCUCGACUUCAAGGCCGGCGCCCCCAUGGACAAGCUGAUUUCCGUCGACACCCCGAGGCCCAGCGAAGACUCCACACCAGCGAGAGGGAGCUUGAGUAGUGACAAAGAGAACAAGGAGACUAAGGAUAACAAGGAGAGCAAGGACACUAAGGCGGGAGCGAGCUCGCUCAAGAAUUCCGUCACUGAGUCGUCAGAGUCCUCAGAGCUCAAGACGGUCGAGAUUUAG